CGCGCGCGCUGACGUCGCCGCGCCCGUCCCCGCCCCUCGCCUUCCCGCCAUGAUCCGCGCGGGGGCGGCCGCGCUGAGGGCCUGGAGCCGGGGCCGGGGCUGGGCCGCGCUCUCGACGGAGCCCCCGGCCCCGCCCGCGGCCCCCGAGCCCCGCAAGGAGGAGCCCCCGGUGCUGCGGAGCUGCCGUGUCCCCGUGCUGUCCCCGCUGUCCCCGGUGCAGGCCUGGGUGGGGUCCCUGCGGCACCCCGAGGACACGCUGCGGGGCCUGGCCGACCUGCACCCCGACGUCUUCGCCGUCAGCCCCAGGCUGGACAUCCUGCACACGGUGGCCACAUGGCAGAGGAACUACAAGAGGAUUAGCCACGCGCGCGUGCGCACCCGGGCCGAGGUGCGGGGCGGCGGCCGCAAGCCCUGGCGGCAGAAGGGCUCCGGGCGCGCCCGGCACGGCUCCACGCGGUCACCGCUCUGGAGGGGCGGUGGCAUCGCCCACGGCCCGCGGGGCCCCACCAGCUACUUCUACAUGGUGCCCAUGCGGGUGCGGGUGCUGGGGCUGAAGGUGGCCCUGAGCGUGAAGCUGAUGCAGGACGAGCUGCACGUGGUGGACAGCCUGGAGAUGCCCAGCAGCGACCCCCGGUACCUGCUGGAGCUGGCCCGGGCCCGGCGCUGGGGACACUCGGUGCUGCUGGUGGACACCAAUGAAUUCCCGGAGAACAUCAGCGCCGCCGUCGAGGGGCUCAAAUCCAUCACCCUCAUCCCCGCCCUGGGGCUGAACGUGCACAGCCUGCUGAAGCACCAGACGCUGGUGCUGACCCUGGACGCCGUCGCCUUCCUGGAGCAGCGGCUGCUGUGGCACGACACGCGCUACUCGCCCCUGGUGCCCUUCUCCCUGCCCCACCGGGACGCCCCCGGGGCCGCCUGACACCCCCCCGGUGGCGUUUGUGCCCCCCCGGUGGCAUUUGUGCCCCCCCGGGUGGCAUUUGUCAACCCCAUGGGGCAGAACCCCUCGGGAAGGGAUUUGGGGACAGCGCGGCGCAGCGAGGUUUUGUUCCUUUUCCGUGUCCUGAAAGGAUUUCUUGGAGCCCUCCUGGGUGGGAUUUGCCCCCCCCGGGUGGGAUUUGCCCUCCCCCCGGUGGGAUUUGCCCCCCCAGGCUGGAUCCAGCCCCUCUGGUCGGGAUCUGUCCCCGCUCCCGUCGGGAAUUCUGCUGUGGCCAUUAAAGGGAUUUUUUUUCA